CCGUCGCCUUUCUCUCAUUCUCCCUCGUUCUCUCUCAUGGGAGUGACAUAGAGGCCGUCGCUUGGUCUGCUGCCCCGCCCCUUCCCCGCCUCGCCGUGGAAACGGGACCGUCCAGGUAGUGAUGUCGUGGAAGAGGAACUACUUUGCGUCGGGUGGCGGAGCGGUAGGCGGGGUGCAGGGGCUGGUGACCCCGAGAACCAUGACCUCUAUCGCACCCAGCAAAGGCCUGAGCAACGAGCCGGGACAGAACAGCUGCUUCCUGAACAGCGCUCUGCAGGUUCUUUGGCAUCUCGACAUCUUCCGCAGGAGCUUUCGACAGCUGACCACACACAAGUGCAUGGAGGACUCGUGUAUCUUCUGCGCUCUAAAGAGUAUCUUUGCUCAGUUCCAGUUCAGCAGUGAGCGAGUGCUGCCAUCAGAUGCACUGCGGAGUGCUCUGGCCAAGACUUUCCAAGACGAACAACGCUUUCAGCUGGGUAUCAUGGACGACGCCGCCGAGUGCUUCGAGAAUCUCCUGAUGCGUAUCCACUUCCACAUCAGCGCUGAGAGUCGGGAGGACAUCUGCACCGCCAAACACUGCAUCCCACACCAGAAGUUUGCCAUGACGCUGUUCGAACAGUGUGUGUGUAACAGCUGUGGAGCCACAUCAGACCCCUUGCCCUUCAUUCAGAUGGUUCAUUACAUCUCCACUACAUCCCUCUGUAACCAGGCGGUGAGGAUGCUGGAGUGCAGAGAGAAACCCACACCGGACAUGUUUGGAGAACUGCUCCGCAAUGCCAGCAACAUGGGAGACCUGCGCAACUGCCCUAGUAACUGCGGGGAGGUGCUGCGUAUCCGCCGGGUGCUGAUGAACUCACCGGAGAUCGUGUCCAUCGGGCUGGUGUGGGAUUCGGACCACUCUGACCUCGCAGAGGACGUCAUACACAGCCUGGGGACCUGCCUGCGUCUGGGAGACUUGUUCUACCGUGUGACAGAGGAGAGGGCUCGCCAGGCGGAGCUCUACUUGGUGGGCAUGGUGUGCUACUACGGCAAGCACUACUCCACCUUCUUCUUCCAGACCAAGAUACGCAAGUGGAUGUACUUCGACGACGCCCACGUCAAAGAGAUCGGCCCUAAGUGGAAGGACGUGGUGUCUCGCUGUAUCAAAGGCCACUAUCAGCCCCUGCUGCUGCUCUACGCUGACCCCCGUGGGACGCCGGUGAUACUGCAGGAGAGCCCCAACCCCUGUACCAGCUCCAACCCGCAGCUGGAGCUCCAGCACUGCAGCAGCAAGGCUGGUUACGACAGCGAAGACUCCGGUCGGGAGCCGUCCAUAUCCAGCGACACUCGCACCGACUCUUCGACGGACAGCUCGAGUCACCGCGCCUCUCGCAGCCGAUCGCUCCACCAAUCCACGGGCAGCCACCUCUCCAGCGAAUCCCAGACCACGGUGGUCUGCAAUUACGACAUCGGCACACCGCCGCACGGUGCCGACGCCGGAGGUAAUACUGCGUUUGGGUCCAAGCGCAAAGUUAUCUGUACUCACAAAGGUCCUCCCCGUCCUCCCUCUCCUCCUCUGCCGGAGUACAAGGAGACCGCCGUCUUCCUCCUCUCCUCCCGCCGGCCACUCACCUCCUCUUCCUCCUCCUCUCGUCCCCUGUCCUCCUCCUCGUCGUCAGGAGUCGGGGGCUGUGAGGGAGGAGUUGGUGGGCCCCACUGGGAGGAUGAAAGCACCAGCAGUGAGAGCAAGUCCAGUUCUUCUGGAGGCCGCUACAGGCCAACCUGGAGGCCCAGGAGAGAGGCCCUGAACAUCGACAGCAUCUUCACACGACCGAGAGGCUCCUCUCUGGGCUACAACACCCUGCCUGGACCCUCUCUCCCUCCGGAGCCCCAGGACUCCUUUCCCCUGGCGGGGCCCGCUCCACCCACACAGCUAGGACUGCAGGAGGUGGAAGGGAGGGACGUUGGGGAGUUGGAGGCGGGGUUUGGGCUGGUUGGGCAGCCCAGGUCUCUGGGCAGCGGGCGGACGAUGGGUCCCCCUGCCCCUCCACCUCUGAGAGGGGUGGAGCACCAGCCACGUCUGAUCCAGAGGAUGGAGAGUGGCUACGAGAGCAGCGAGAGGAACAGCAGCAGCCCCGUCUGUUUUUUUCUUCCUCUCCACAGGGAGGUGGGGCAACAGAAACGGGUGCUGAUGUCAGGACCGUCAUGGCGUUCGGUGCCCAAGUCAAAGAGCAGCGGUGCCAUCCUGCAGGAGCUGCCCUCCCCCAGCUGGGGCGGCGGCACCAGCGCAGGCUCAGGGCGCAGUGAGCUGGACGAGCUGCAGGAGGAGGUGGCGAGGAGAGCUCGCCAGCAGGAGCAGCAGAAGCGGAGGGAGGCGGAGCGGGAGGCGGCCAUGGGAUUCAACCCCAAACCCAGCAAAUUCAUGGACCUGGACCAGCUCCAACACCAGGUGAACAGCCUGGCCCGGUCCAAGUACUGCUGACGCCCAAUCAGGAGGAGGAAGAGGACCAGGCAACGCCCAACCAGGACGCUGCUCUGGGCCCGGACCCGCCCCCUCCGCCCUAUCGGCCUGCUCCCCCUCGACCCC